CCCCGCCCGGCAGGAGGAAGUAGAGCCCCAGGGGCGGGGCGGGCGGAAGUGACGCCGGGAGGGCGGGGUUGGCCGUGCACAAUGGGCCAUGGAGUUCCCGUUUGAUGUGGACGCGCUGCUUCCAGAGCGGAUCACGGUGCUGGACCAGCACCUGCGGCCCCCGGCCCGCCGACCCGGAACCACUACGCCAGCCCGCGUGGAUGUGCAGCAGCAGCUUAUGACCAUUGUAGAUGAACUGGGCAAGGCUUCCGCCAAGGCCCAGCACCUUCCUGUACCCAUCACCAGCGCCUCGAGGAUGCAGAGUAACCGCCACGUUAUGUAUGUGCUCAAAGACAGCUCGGCGCGACCGGCUGGAAAAGGAGCUAUCAUUGGCUUCCUCAAAGUUGGAUACAAGAAACUUUUUGUGCUGGAUGAUCGCGAGGCUCACAAUGAGGUGGAACCACUUUGCAUCCUGGACUUUUACAUCCAUGAGACACUUCAGCGCCACGGCCACGGGCGAGAACUCUUUCAGUAUAUGUUGCAGAAGGAGCGAGUCGAACCACACCAACUAGCCAUUGACCGGCCCUCACAGAAGCUGCUGAAGUUCCUAAACAAACACUACAAUCUGGAGACCACAGUGCCACAGGUGAACAACUUCGUGAUCUUUGAAGGCUUCUUUGCCCACCAGCAUCGUAAGUGUUCUCCCCUUGUGUGUGUGGGUCCAAUAGUUGGCGAGGGAAAGAAAAGAGGUGGAUUCCUGGUCCCCCUGGUCCCCUCACUGAGGGGCACCUCCACUUCCUUUCUCACAGGGCCCCCUGCUCCCUCUCUGAGGGCAAUUCGACACUCGCGCGCUGCGGGGGACCCUGCGCCGGCCGCUCCAGCGAGGAAGCUGCCUCCCAAGAGAACAGAGGGAGACAUUAAGCCAUACUCCUCGAGCGACCGAGAAUUCCUGAAGGUCGCUGUGGAGCCUCCUUGGCCCCUGAACAGAGCCCCUCGCCGGGCCACUCCUCCAGCCCACCCGCCGCGCUCCAGCAGCCUGGGCAACUCGCCGGAGCGAGGGCCCCUCCGCCCCUUCGUGCCAGAGCAGGAGCUGCUGCGCUCCCUGCGCCUCUGCCCCCCUCACCCUACCGCCCGGCUCCUGCUGGCCACCGACCCCGCGGCCAGCCCGGCCCAGCGCCGGCGCACCAGCUCCCUUCCCCGCUCUGAGGACAGUCGCUACUGACAGUUAACCCUCUGCCCCCUGGGAGCCUCGAUGGCCGAGACCCGUCCCCCAGAAACCCACCCCUUCCCUUCCAGUGUGUCCCCCAGGGCCCGUGGAGCCCGACAGCCCAGACUCCCUCUUCUCUCUGGGACAGUGGCCACGACCUUGUAGCUCUCCUUGCCCUAGAAGCACCCCCAGCCCCAGCGCUGCCUCUGCGCAGCCCCUCCUGCGGUCCACAGCACCCUGGCCGCUGUCCGACUCCAGACCACCAUGGCGGCCCCAGGCCUCCGCAGCAACUGGUCCCUGGAAUCAGUGUCUCCCACUCUAGUGCCCCUGAAGGCCCCUGUACUGCUGUGUGCCGCCCUCACUGCCCUCAGCGCCACAGCAGCCUGUGAGGUUGCCUCGGAGCAGUCCAGGCGGAUAGGACAGGGACUUACAGCUCCUUCAGGGACCCCACCAUGGCUGAGCUCUUCAUUGCCUGUGUGUCAGGGAGCCCUGAGCUGAAGUCUGCUUUGGGCUAGACUCGCACUUCUGAAGACAGCACUACCCCAGGCCAUUCUGAGGGACUUCGUUUCUCCGCAGCAGAUCUCAGCGAGAACCUGGGUCCGAGAGGGGUCAUCUUAGCCGGUUUCACUCGAGAAGCCUGAGUCUCCAGGGCCUGUUAGCUCCCGGAUCCGUCCUCCCCCAGUAGCUAGACACUGACAUAUUCCUUGUUGUGAGAUUGUUGGACUUCCUCUCUUCUUUCCUCCAUAGCAAGAGCCGUUUUCCCUGCUGCACACCCAGGCGUCAAACCUCCUUCCUCUGAAUGUGCGGUCCAUUAGGUGCCCCCACUGUGUUCCCCCAAAUCCGCGGGAGCAGGAUCUCCCUUUCUCCCUCCUCAUUCCUCCUUUUCUUCUUCCUCUCAGUGUUGUUUGAAUAAAGUGUGAAUUCCUUUGUGUUUUUUAAA